GCGCCGGUCGCGACGGUGAAUGUGUGAAGUUUGGAGGCUCCGCGAACCAAACGCAGAGCGCAUCAGAGCUGAACAUGACUUCAGUAUGAAGAGACACCAGUCCGCUACCGGCUCCUUCACCGGCAGCCUGCGGCUCUUCUCCCACAUUUAGUUCGGAGCCUUUUAUCGGUGCAGAGAAAACACAAGUGGCGGCGUUCAGCCCGCACCGAGCGGCCGCGAGCUGGGCUGAGUCUCCACGGUUCUCACGGUGUGUUUAAGUGCAGCCUGCUGCUCGGAGCCUCCAUCAUUCAGACUCUCGUGUUAUCGUGAGGAGAAACAAGCGGAACAUGGCAGAAGUAGCUCCAGCCGCCGUCGCCGUCGCCGCUCCGGCCAAAGCGGCCAAGAAGAAGGUGUCCAAGCCGAAGAAGGCCGGUCCCAGCGUCGGGGAGCUCAUCGUUAAGGCCGUGUCCGCGUCCAAGGAGCGGAGCGGCGUGUCCGCGGCCGCCCUGAAGAAGGCUCUGGCUGCCGGAGGCUACGAUGUGGAGAAGAACAAGGCCCGCGUCAAGACCGCCAUCAAGAGCCUGGUGGUGAAGGGGACUCUGGUCCAGACCAAGGGGACCGGGGCCUCGGGCUCCUUCAAGAUCAACAAGAAGGCGGAGACCAAGCCCAAGAAGGCGCUGAAGAAAGCCGCUCCUAAAGCCAAGAAGCCCGCAGCGAAGAAACCCGCAGCGGCCAAAAAGCCCAAAGCAGCGGCAGCCAAGAAGCCGGCAGCCGCCAAGAAGUCUCCCAAGAAGGUCAAGAAGCCCGCAGCGGCCAAGAAGGCGGCCAAGAGCCCCAAGAAAGCUACCAAGAGCCCCAAGAAGGUGGUGAAGAAGGCCCCCGCAGCCAAGAAGACCCCCGUCAAGAAGGCCGCCAAGCCCAAAGUGAAGAAGGCUGCAGCCAAGAAGAAGUGAGCUGCUUCAACACCAACAACGUCCCAACAAAAGGCUCUUUUAAGAGCCACCACAUCUUCCUCAAAGAGCCUGUUCACACUCAUUAACAGCACAUCAUACAGUGAUCGUUAUAUUAGGAUUUAAGAACAUGGGGGGGAAACAUUAAUAUAAAUUAAUUCAUUUUAAAUUAAAAAUAUAGA